AUGGGCGAGCGGCGGGACGAGGAGACCGGCGGGCCGGGCACGGGUUUUCAUCCAGAAUCGGAAGAGUCGAGUUCCCUUUUGCAGACAGCGGUUUCAGUGCUGCAGAGCUCCUACUUGGACUCCACAUCUCAGGACGGUUUUCAGUACAGCCAAGCAAUUCUGGUGGAAAAUGAUGUUUUCCUAAGUGAGCUCAAAGCUUUUGCCCAAGCAAAGGAAGCUGCCGGAUACAGCCAGGAGGAGCUGGAGGAGACCUUUGCAUUUCUCCUGUUUGAUAAUGAAGAAGAGGCAAAAGAGGUGUGUCAGACAGGCCUCCGUGUAAACAGCAGUUCUAUUUCCACGCUUGGUGACCCAGCAAAAGGGGUUUAUAUUUCCAAGUAUGCAGACUGUCUUCAUCCGAGACCCUGGUAUCAUGGAAAAUCAGGCUAUAUUGUCAUUUGUAAGCUAAUUAAGUAUUACGUGUAUGAAGUGUCUGAUGGCAGCACUGCCGAGCGGCCCAGGCAGAUCUGCCCAUACAUAGUGAUCACCUGCCAGUACAGGGAGCCGAAGGAAAUGCCCGUCUUAGCUAUAGAGAGCCUACCUGAGCUUAACCACAAAGCAUUGUACUGUCCAUGGAGGGGGCAGCUGUCCAUCCAGGGCCAGCUUGUAUGCAACAUCGCCCUGAGGACCCCAUACAGCUCCACGAUUCCAGCCCAGCUGCCUCCCAACUUGGACAUUAACCAUGUCAUGGGUUUGUCCGACUUGAAGAAAAAGCUACCAGAAGCUGCAUUUGGAAAAAGGAAUUACAUUGAGAAUGAAGUCUGUUUUCAGGGUGUUUACUUCAGUCUAUAUGAAGUAGAAAUAUCAAAUAAGGAUCAAUAUAAAAUGGAUCAGUUAGUAGAAAAUCUAAAGGAAAAGGACUUGGCAAUCAUCAAAUAUUUACAAGAUCAAGGAGUCCUUAUCCUCCUCACGUCCUCUGCAUUGGCACGAGAUGAUGGGUUCGACCCUAAGGAGCCUGUCAGCCUCCUGGCCCUGUUUCUGUUCGCCUCGUCCCGGUCGGUGUGCCUGAGAGCAGUUGAAAAGCACGAUCCAAAAGAUGAAAGGGAAGAUAGUGACGAUAGUGACAUCUCAUUAAAAAUAGCCUCAGUUUUGCCUGGACUUCGCUAUGCCUUACAGAAAGCCACCCAUUCUUCAUGGGGGGACACAGUCAGUACCAGCGUACGUAUCAAACAGCACUUCCAGGAAUACACAAAGCUUGAUCAAAAUCCACAGCCCACCUCUGGCCAAACCAGUGAAGUUCCCCUUUCUUCUCUCCUCUCACCAACCAAGGAUGAAUGUAGCAAUCCCUUCAAAAAACACCCGGAGCAGUCCUUCUCCCAGCUGCAGCAUUACCUCUCCAAUCCCAGCAGCUAUACUCUGGAAAUGUCGGCUGCCUUAGGAUGUUUGACUGGUGCUGUUCAGUCUCUUUGCUGCAAUUUAGAGGCUGAUCGUAAAGUGGACUUCUCUUCAGCUGUGCCACCGGACCCUAUUCCUCCCAACACAGCAGCGGAAAUAAAAGUCAAAAGUGAAAACCCAAAGCCCACUGUGGGGCUGGACGAGAGUAGUGAAGCACCUACAAAAGACGUCAACUCGGCCAGCAAGCUAUGGGUGCAGCAGAGCAGGAGGAAGUCCAGCCGAGCCGUUGUGACCAGCACCAGGAAGAAAUGGUCACCCCUCAAGAUGCAAAUGCAUCCGAUGGGGGAGAGCGGCAGGAACAGGAAAGCAACCAAGAAGAAGAAAAUCAACAUCGCUUUCUCUUUUCCUAAAAAGCCAGGGCUCACAGCCAAUACCAACGAGCCCAUGCUUAAAUUAGCCAAUUUGCAGUUUCCACACAGAAGGAAAAGAGGUGCAGAGGUCCUGUCUGCAGAAUUUGUGCACAAAACACAGUUUGAACCUGUUCAGAAGGAAACUUCAGCUCCUGACGAUCCUGGCUUGGAAACAAAGAGACCAAAGACACUGAAGAACCCAGACAUGAAAAAGGUUCCUGUUGCUGAGACCAUCAUGAAGCCAGUGAAAAGCAAGAUGCUAAAAAGUGUGGCUAACAGCCCAUCAAAACCUCAAGCCAAAAAGCAAGCAGAAAGUGAGUGGAAGGAGCCAUUCUCUGUCCUCUCGAACGAAGUUUCUUCCCAAUGCCAUGGAGCGGAUAGCCAGACGAGUGAGAUUUACCCAGGCCGGGUUGCUGAUCCCAGUUUCAAUCUGAAGGGGAAUGACUAUGAGUCCCACGCCUUGAACUUGCUGGCUGAUCUGGCUCUGGGUUCUUGUGUUCCUUCGUUUAUCCCCAGGGACAGUGGGAUGAUCGCUGUGUCCUGUGGCCCCUCCAGCGACUCUGCAAAGGAGCAGCAGAGUCAUCGCAAGCAAAAAUCCUUGCGUGUUGCUUCUGACCACGAAUACCACAGGGUAGACAAGCUUGCAAAGGGAGCCACCUCUCCUAGCAAAGCAUCGCCAAACCAGAAGCUUCCUCCUGCUGAAAAAAUAGACUUAAAUGACUUGGCCUCUGUUCCCAGGGAGAAAAGCCCCGGGAUUUUCAGCAAGAAGAACAGUACGAGCCCCAGCCCUGCAAAACCCCAAGCAUUGCCUCCAAGAGAGACUCAAGAAGCUGCCGAGGUGAACAAGCACUCCUUCAUCUCUGCUGAGCACUCGUAUGCCUCGCAGAUGCCUGAGCACUCAAAGAAACACAUGUAUCCCAGAGGUGCCCCCUACCCUGGACCAGCACCCUCCAGAAACGGGACCAGGAACGCCCGAGCAGGACCCCUGGUUGGGAAAGUCCUGCCUUUCCGCCACCAGCAGAACAGCACCCACCACCAGCGGCCCUUCGAGGCUGUGGCAAUGAGGCGCAGGAGCAGCCUGCUCCCCACUAGGCUGAAGGAGGACUUCGCCAAGUCCCACGCAGUGAACAUCUGCGGCAAGUCCAUGAAGGUGACAUGCCAUUGGGAGGCAGAGUAUCUCUUCAAUUUGGACAGCAGGUACACCAACGAUGCCCUGGAGAAAACAGUCAUCCGCGCCCUGCACGGGCCCUGGGACCCUGAUCUGCCAGACGACGUGGAAGAGAUGAAGCUGAUACUUCAUAUGUGGGUGGCUCUCUUCUACAGCAAACCCAGCAAACUCCUGAGCAGCACGAGGAAGGUGGUGGAGCACAGCAACCCCGAGAAGUACGUCUCAAUAAACAGCACUGGGGACUUUCUUGAGCUGAGUGAUGAUGGUGAGGAUUGUUUUGGGUUGGAGACGUGCCCUGCAGACUCUCGGUCAGAUGCUGACCAGACUCCCAGCAGCUCUCUGGAUCACAGCACACACUGCCAGGGACCUUUCCGCCCAGAGGAGAGCCCUGCAGACUCUCAGACUGAUGCUGAUGGGACUCCUGGUGUUGUCAAUAGUACAGUAUCAUCUUCUUCAGGGGAGCUGCCCUGUGGGGAGGAGGAGCCUUCCUCCACAAGCUGUCCUGAGAGCCUUUCCUUUGCUGAACAUGCUGAUGAGAGCCUGGCUGUGAAAGAUGGGCAGACGGCGAUCAUUCCUGAGGAGUGUGUGCACGACGUCUCAACCGUCACUGCGGAGGAGCCACCCAAGGAGGGACUGCCAGACCCUACAAUCACCCCCAGCCCUUCUGAUGAGCUUGGCGAUGCCAGCACGCUCCCAGCUGCGCUGGGCAGGGAAAACCCAUGCAGCCAAGCCCCGAAUUCCAGUACAGCUCCCUGGAGUGAUGCACUGAGUGUGCUGUGUGGACGUGGAGAGCAGCAAGAGAGCGGGUGGGCAGCAGGGUCAGGGAGUGGCCCUGGCCCUCCGGAGGAAAAGGAGAACAUGGGAGACACUGGGCACUGUACAAAUGUUGUGGACGGCAGCUGGGCCACCAGCGACGGACCGCAAUGUGCCUGUGAUUUGAUGACCUUAGAAGCGCGUCCCAAAAAUGCAAAGCCUGAUGGAGCCAGUGGGGAAGGGAGGGAAUUACAAGACCCCUUCGGACAUCCAGAGGAAGAGGUGGAGGAGGGAGAAAAAAAGAAAGAGGACUCUGAAUAUGAAAGCACAGUCCUGGGGCCUGUUGAUUUAGCAUUUUCUGAAAGCAGUGAUGCCGACAUGGAGCAUGAACGCAGUGAGCAGAAGCCAGUGAAUUCGGCAUGUCUGAAGGACUUUGGCAUUCCUGGAGAGGGCCUUGUGCCCAGCCCUGCUGCCUUAGCUUCCCCCUGCCCAGGCAGAUCAACGCCAGUGCUGUCAGAUGGGACUGGGACUGAGACUGACCCUCAAGGGUUUCCUGGUGAGACAGCACCAAGCCUGGACAUGCUGCAAGAGCCCUGGGAAGCUCUGGCCACCCCAGAUGCAGAGACAAACUGUGUUGGUUUGGCUCACGCAGGCAGUCCAGCUGAUGUGGGGUCGUCCCGUGACAGCGGGUUGAUGCUGCCAUUACCAUCUGACCUGAGCCUUGUCUGUGGGACACAGCCAGACAGUAUUACAGGCUACGUGGGACCUGCUGGAGAGAUGCUCGGGGAUGGCUUGGAGCAGAAAGACAAGGAUCGUGCGCCCUCUGCAGAAAUGCAAGUGCCUGCUGUGAGCAGAGCUGCCAGCACAGCUGGCCUCGAGUCGCUGAGUGGCCGGGGACUGUCACUAACCUUGUCCCCUGACUCCAGCUCUGUCUGCCUGACAUCUCUUGAUGGAGCAACAGAUCUUGGGGCUGCUCCAGAGGACCAGGAGGCCAUGGCAAGCAUCCAGUCUCCAUCGCGGAGCGACCUAGGAGGGAGCAGCUGCCUUUCCCAAAGGUGUGGAGGCGACAUUUAUGCCGACCUCACUUCGCUGAGUACUGGUGAAUCAAACCAAGAAGGGAACAAGGUUUUGGUGGAAGAAAAGCAUAGCAGCCGUCCUGUCAACCACACAGAUGUGCUGGAUGAGUCCUCAGGAGCAAGUGAUGGCCAGGGCUUCGCCUUCAACUGUACAGCCUUAGCAGGUGACUCUGAAGCUGAGGAGAGCGAUGAUGUGUGCCUCAGUGCAGCGAAGUCCCCUGGGAGCGAUGAAAUGAACACAGGGAUGAUGGCUAACACACUGCAGGAACCAGAGACCUCUCUUCAUGACAUGCUGGAAUCAGAGCCCUCCUCCUCAGUGCGAGAGGGGAUGUCUGCCGUGAAGGAGCACGCCAGGCAGCAGCAGAGCUCCCCAAAUGGGCUGUCCCCACCUAUCCGCGCAGGCUCAGCUCCUGCUUCUCCCCCCCAGCAGGACCCUCUCCCCUGUGGCGGAGACACAGAUGCCCACUACCACUUGUUAGAGCAAACCGAUCAGGGGCCUGUCCUGUGCCAACACGGGAAGCCCUGCAAGCAAGUAGGUGCUGCAGAGGUGAGUGUGGCUGCCGAGAGCCUGAACGGCUCCGUAAAGCCCAGAUGUGCAGAAGAGGUGAAAAAAGACACGAGUCUGUGCCAUGCAGAGCUGGCUGAGAGCUCCCCCACGGAUGUGCUUGUGGGAGGUGACCCGGGAUCGAUGCCUCCUUCUCCUCCACAUGGUCACAAGGCAGGUCUGCAAAGCGCUGAGCCUGACUUGGUCCUCAGUGUACACCCCAAGGUGCUCUCUCCUGGCAUGAAUCUGGCUCCAGACGGUGCCCCAUGGUCCUGCUGCAUGGGCACCUGCCCCAGGUGUGCCAGCCCUGGGGUCCAAGCAGCGGAUGCGGUAGGGAGCCACGAGAAGGAACCCAUCCUGUCUGAGGAUUCAGAAGGAGGAAGCAGCGUCACUCCUGCCAGUCCUGCCUCUUUUUCAGCAGGGGAGUUGCUCGUGCCACUGUGCAAGCCCCAGUCUGUGUGCAACCAGGGCAAGCACGAGGCUGAGGGAUCUGACGUGUUUGCUGAUCUCCACCAUGCCAGCAUGGAGGUGGGAGAGGAAGAAAUCCCCACUCUCCCCUUCCCAAUGUUGCCGUUACAUGCGCACAGGGGGCUCUCUGGAGAAAGCCGGGAGCUUAGUGAUGCUGAGGACAUUUCAGACAUGUUCCCGAGGGCAAAGCAGAUCCUCAGCAAAGACAGACACGUGGGCUUGACCUUUGAAGGUCUGUUUGAGACUUCCUCUGGCGACUCAGACCAGGAGUAUUUUGGGGGGACUUCACGGUCCCUGCGUACAGCCGGGGAUUCCAACAGCACGAGAUCCGUGGAUGCUGCAGGCACAAGGACUAACUGCGACUCCUCCUCCGUGAGCUCAGUGCACGCGGAGGGGUGCAGUGAGGACUGGGGCUCGCUGGGCGCGGAGGGGAGCUGCUUGCGGGCUGAGCGCAGCUGGCCGAUCGGCCUGGGGGAAACCAGCAGCGGGCACAUUCCACUUUAUGUCAAUAUUAGGGACAGCCAGGGAGUCGCAAAGGACUACCGGAACUUUGUGGUGACCAAAAAGCGCCAGGAGAGGAUGGGAAAUUUGCAGCCUUCGAAGAGGUGCAGCCACUGUGCGGGGCAGUCUCAUUUGUUAAGGUCACUGAUGGGGACUUGGAGGGGUUUUGAGGAAAUCACCCAGCACACUUUGGACAUGGAGUGUCUCCGUUUCCAUUAUAAGCUAAAACAAAUCCUAAGGAGUGGGAAACCACUCUUUUCUACCUCCAAAAGCAUCUUUCCAAAAGAUUUUUCUCCCCAGGUGAUGUCUGAGACAUUGCCUGUGCGAGAAGCUCCCAUCCCACUCUCCCCGAGAAGCAGGAGCCCUUUGCAGGUGACGAUCCUGCCCUCGGACACGUGGCCGGGCAGGCUCGGCUGGCACCGGCAAAGCGGCUGGCAUGGGGACCUGUGUACACCGUGGCAGGACACCCUCUGCGAUGAGAGGAGCAGGGUGAGAUCCCGAACCGCAAGCCAGAACCGUGCGGCUCCCUUCCACCUCAGCAAGCUCAAAUAUGAUAAUAAGCUAAAGGAUUCACGGGGGGAUAUUGCCGUCAUCCUCGACGAGUAUGCCGAGUUCAACAGGGUGAUGCUGAGCAGGGCUGACGUGGGGAGCGAGGGUAGAGGGCCAGUCCCAGCGCACAGGGAGGCCGCGAGCAAGUGGAUGUGCACAUCCCUCCCCGGGAGGAUGACCGCCUUUGAGGAGAUGAUCACGGACCUGUGCAGCACGCUGCGUUUCCGCCUGCACAGCGUGGCCAAGGAGGCCUGUGGCCGUGCCGGCAUGUUCUACCUGGUGGAGACGGGCAAGGACCCUUUCUUUGCAAGAGUGAAGACCUUGCUGAAGAAAGACAGCUGCGUGGAGAUCGAACCUCUGAGCUUCUGCAAAGCGAAACAGCCGGACACCGACAGGCUGCUUGUUGUCAUCAGGAACGAGGACAUUUCCUCGCACAUCCACAACGUCCCGUGCUUGCUGAAGCUAAAGCACUGUCCGAACGUUGUGUUUGCCGGAGUGGACAGCCCUGAAGAUCUAACAGGUCGCACAUACCAGGAGCUGUUUCAUACCGGGGGCUUUGUGGUGUCAGACAAUGAGGUGUUGGAAACGGUAACACUAGGCCAACUGAAAGAGGUGGUGAAGGUGCUGGAGAAGCUGAACAGAAGCGGGAGGUGGAAGUGGCUUCUUCACUACAAGGAGAGCAAGAAGCUCAGAGAAGACGUCAGGGUGGAUGCUGACGCCCGCAAGAAGCACUUGAUCCUCAAAUCGUGCCAGGGAGCUGAUCUCAUCGAGGUGCUGCACUACCACACCUGCGACUCCGGGUCAUCCCCCAAAUCCGAGUACAUCAACUGCUUGUUAAACCUGCAGGUUCAGCACAUCAGCGCCAGGUUCGCUGUGUAUCUCACAGAAAAGCCCAGUGUCAGCAGGGAGGUCCUUGAAAGCAAAGGAAUUCUCGUGGCCGACGUCAACACCUUCCUUGGGACGGUGCAGAAAGCGGCUGCCCCGUUCAGAAGAAGCUACUGGUAA